UCGGGCUCGAUACUGCGUAAGCUGUCAGUGGCCCUGAUAAACCCAACAAGAAGAGCAAUGUUUGCUACUGCUCGGGUCGCAGCUAAUUUUGUGCGAUGUUCUUCUGGUUUUGCUUUAAAACGGAAUAUUAGCUCAACAGCAUGCGCUUUGGGAAUAAGAUCUCGCUGGCAUGCCCCAUUGCGACGUGAAUUACGGAAGAGGCAGAAACAGAUGGAGAAGAAAGGGAUUGCACAUAAAUUUAGACGCUCAGAAUUUAUUGAGUGGAAUUAUGAAGCUGAACUGUUUGCAUUUGGCAAGAGACUGCAUGAAGAAUUUGACAACUCUCUGUUGAGGGAGGCCUUGACUGACUCCUCUUAUAUUGCUCAGGAGACUAGUCGUCAGCAGGCACUUGGUGUCACUAUUCCUGCUCUUGAAAUGAAAAGCAACACUGAAUUGGCAGCAGUUGGUGAAAAAAUUAUAUCAGAUUAUUGUGCAAAAUAUUUGAGAGCAACUCUUCCUUUAUUGCCAGAGGAAGGUAUAAGAGCGUUAGUUGAGUAUUUAUCAUCGGAGAAAAUUACGUCUGAAAUUGGGUUUGGCAUUGGGCUCAAGGAUCUCAUUCUUUGCCAGGAGUACCCUCCCUCAUCCCUAACAGCAGCAAAGAGUUUUCAAGCAGUGGUGGGGACAUUAAAUGCUUCAGCAGGACUUGGUCGCUGCCAGGUCUUUGUUCGAGACUUCGUUGUCACUCAGAUAGUAGGAAAGGAUCCCAGCGAGAUAUGGCAGAUUGAACAGCCACUGGAGCUGCUUAAGGAUAUUCUGGCUCGAAGUGGCUAUGCAGAGCCUGAAUCAAGACUAAUGCUUCAAUCUGGAAAAAACACUAUUCAAGCAGUGUAUCAAGUUGGGGUCUAUUCUAACAAGACCUUUUUGGGCUCAGGUUAUGGUGAGACUAUAGAAAAAAGUGUGGAACAAGCAGCUCAUGAUGCUUUGAGAAGACUUUUCCACAUAACAGAGACCAGUGACCCUCUACCAUUUGGCAAAGAUGCUGAUAACAUUGCACUUAAAGAAAAAAAUGUGUAUAUUUAA